UUUCACAAGAACUUGUCAUGGCCUCGGGAGGGGAUUUAUGGAUCUGUUGAUUGUCUUAGAUAUUGCACCAGCAAAGUAGCCUGCGAGUUGUGAAUGGUCCUCCUGUGCCACUUGGGAGCCUGUGUAACAUAGGUGUCAAACUCAAGGCCCCGGAGGCCAAAUCUGGCCCGAAGUAUCAUUUUACUUCACUAGUGUUAAUUGCAUCCAUCUACAACUCGGUUGGUUUUUGAGAAAAUAUUGAGUUUGUCCCACAACUCAGUCCCAGAUGUUAAUGUUGACCCACUGUGAAUUUGAGUUUGACACCUCUACUCCAGAGCCUUCAUAGCAGAAGUGCUGAUCUCACAAUGAAGUGAGUGAGUGCAGUGCGUGGCAUUGGGUCUUCUCGCCUGCACCAUCUCUUAAGGGACAUUAGUCGAGUCAUGUGAACACCAAGGCCAAUCAGUCAUCAUGGUGGAGGGCUUAGAGUUUAGAAGCUCAUCUGCUGGCGAAGGGAUUUCACCACAAAUGGGAUAAACGCUGAUUAGGGAGGACUUAGGAUGACGUACCUGAACUUAAAGUUUAAUCAUUUGGUUUAGUCGUUCGCUGUCCUCCUCCCUCCCUCUACAUGAAUAGGUGAGUUUCUAUUUCAUGUCUUUGUUCUAUGAUCUAUUUUCUUUGGCUUUAUCAAUUAUUGUUUGCAUACAUUAAUUUGUUGUUCAUUUCAGGCAUCGAGGGUGUUCACUUUCCUUGCUUUCCUGUACUAUGGGUGGACUACUGAGAAGGCACCUAGGAUAACCAACCGGCUUUCUGUGAUGGAUCAGGAAUCGCUGCUGCUUCACCUGUCAUACCUGCACAGAGGCUUUCGGUUGUGCAACCAUUAGUGGUCUAGUGGGACUGCUUGCUUGCCACAGCAAGUAGCAACUGUGGGGGGGAAAUCCACAUUCAGCACUCACUUUUGAAGAGUGCAACAUCAGAAUUCAUCAAUAAUUUUUGAGGUCUUGCAGAGACAGCCACACAAUGGCACUGUUUAAGGUGAAAUUUGACUUGCAAAGGCGUGUCAAGCUCGCCCAGGCAGUGUGGCUCAUGUACUGGUUUGCGGUCAUGGCUGGCGUUCUACUUUUUGUCAUGGGACUCUUCUUCAAGAUAGAGCUCCGGAAGAACAGCGAGCUGAUGGACAACAACGAGAGCCAUUUUGUGCCCAACCUGCUCAUCCUCGUCGGAAUACUGGCCUGCGGCAUCAAUGCGUUCGGUGGCAAGAUCUGCUACGACUCUCUGGACACCACCAAGUUUGUCAAGUGGAAGGGCCUCAUCAAGCCGUUCCUCAUUGCCUGCCUGGUCUUCAACUCCCUGCUGCUCCUCACGGCCGUGUUGUGCGUGCUGAUGCGCAUCCCACUCAUGUACACGGUCUCGGAGGGUCUGAAGAACAGCAUGAAGUUCUACAAGGACACCGACACGCCGGGCAGGUGCUACAUGAAGAGGACGCUGGACCAGAUGCAGAUGGAUUUUAAGUGCUGCGGAAACAACAACUACAAGGACUGGUUUGAGAUACAGUGGGUCAGCAACCGGUACCUGGACUUCAGCGCAAAGGAGGUCAAAGAUCGAAUCUCCAGCAACGUGGAUGGCAAGUACCUGAUGGACGCUGUGCCCUUCAGCUGCUGUAACCCCAGCUCCCCACGGCCCUGCAUCCAGCACCAGCUCACCAACAACUCCGCCCACUACAGCUACGACCACUACACAGAGGAGCUGAACAUCUGGAGGCGUGGUUGCCGUGACGCCAUGGUGCACUACUACGGCGGAAUGCUCAACACCCUGGCGGCGCUGGUCAUCCUGGUCACCAUUCUCGAGGUCUUGGUGACGGUAGGCCUGCAGUACGUCAACACCGCCAUGUCCACCCUGGUGAACCCCGAGGACCCAGAGAGCGAGAGCGAAGGCUGGUUCCUGGAGAAGACGGUCAAGGAGACCUUCACCGACAUGAUGGAGAUGAUGAGGAGCAUGCGGGGGAACGCGGUGGAGGAUGGUGGAGAGGCGGCCCCAGCAGCGGCUCCUGUAGCCACCGUCAGCUGAGCUUAGCUGAACUGAGCAGCUAGCCAACCUUUCCUCCAUACCCCUGCACCCCCCCAUUCGGCUCACCUCUGAACUGAAACCGAUCUCCUUCUGACAGGGGAACGGGAUUGAGAAUGUGAGCUUUUUUAUUGCCUCUUUGAUGCAAACGUUAACCGUUCAGGCCUCAUUCUGAACACUUUUUUCCCCCGGUCCACCAUGGAUUUGGCCCGUCACUCUGACUAGGGCCUCUCAACACAUCUCCAGCAAGGGUUGCCAUGGUAGGACAAGAAGCCACGUGUGAGAAUAGAAUGUUGUCAUAGAAUGUAAAUUAUGAUGUAUAUAAUAGAACGAUAUCGAAUCCAUAGAAUUACCACAGAAGUCAUCAGUUCUUACAUAUCGGUGAAAGAGUAUCUCGGUACAGGCACACAAUUUUACAAGCAAACCUUGAAUACAUUCUUCUUUGGAGAGGUGGAAGUGUAAGAAACUGUAUUCAUGCUCAGAAGAUGAUGUGUUGAGAAACUUGCAUGUGUCAAUACACACAUUUUUUUCGCAGGGCUACAUUGCAAUGUUUUUUUUCCUUGCAUUUUUCAUGCUGUUAUGCACAAUCAUUUGUUUUACAUGUGUGGAAAAAAAUGCCCCUAUCUUUUUUUAUGUCAUUAUAUCACAACACACUGUAGUGAUACUAUUGUUAUCAAUCAGGUUUGUGAGGUUUCAUUCAAUUCAGAGUCAGCUUGUUACCCAAUAGCAAAUUUAGCACUUUUGAAGUUUUGCUACAUUCAGUUCACACAAGUUUUUUUCAUUGACAUUUGAUAGUCAUAUGGGAAAAAUAAAUAUGUUUUGUCCGAGAUUCUCUGCUAUGUGUAUACCAUGAACUAUUAUUUUUUUCUAAGGGAAAAUCUCACAUUUGUAAAUACCUCUCUUACCAUAAAAAAAAACUUUGCGGGUAACUUAGAUGAUGCUACAUGUUUUGGGAUAUUCUGGAGCAAGAUGCACAGGUAGAGGAGUAUGAGGCAGUGUUAUGGAGAUUUACUGUAGAGAGCUUGACAUUGUCACAUUUAGUUAUCAGCAGUGACUUUCAACUCACUCCAACAUCUUUCGGUUGGAAACCUUAAGCAUCUUUUAGAAAGGCACCUCGUGAUUUGUGAGUGAUGCGGGGGAUUCUACUAAAUGACAAUAUUUCCAUAAUUUCGGAUGACUUUGUUGUUAAUAUUCUUUUGUUGCAAAUACCAUUUAUACUAUGAUGACACAAUUUGUCAUUUGAACCGCCUGAGGUCGGGUCAGAGUGCAGCGGGGGGUGCAGAGGGGAGGAGGGAGGGGUCUUCCUCUCCCUUUGGGGACAGUGAUUCAGGAUACGUGACGAAUAUCAGAAGAGGAUGUCUUUUGACCGGCAGCUACACAAUGUCCCCAUAGACCCCUGCACUUUUGACCCGUAGUGUUUUAAAGUUCAAAGUUCACAGGAUAUUGAGGUAUCCACACCAAAGAGGGUCCCCUUGUUUGAUUAAAAAUAUUUCCCAUUUCCAAAAGCCAAGAGGCUGUUUCACCUGUUCCAAAAAAAAAAACCUCUGUAACUUUAUCUGGUGGAUUCUUUGUAAAUAGUGUAGAAUUUGGAAAUAUUAUUAUUUUUUAACAAAAAACAAACAAAAAGACACGCUUACACACUGUAAUUUUACUGUACAAAAAUUGUAAUAUGUAUUUAUUGUUUUUAAUAUGAAGAAUGUGCAUGUGUUG